UGUUGUGGUUUGCAGUGGUAAAGUGGUCACGGUAGAGAGGAAAAAAAUCAACCGACGCAUCAUCAGUUUACGCCAUCAUGGCUCCCGUUUUCCCAUUGCACCGCCUGCCGCACGUGGCGUUCGAUAAGGAGCAACGCAUCAAAGCGGCAAUCAACAGGGAGCGUGUCUCGUUUACGGAGAAUCUUCGCGAGUACUGCCUCAACACCACCAUCCACGGGCUGAAGUACAUCGGGACGGUAUCGCUGACGCUCUGCGAAAGGGCCUACUUUUUCCUGACCUUUCUUGUCGUCACCGCCUGCUCGAUUUACUUCAUCUCGAAUGUGUACAUCAAGUGGCAAUCGUCGCCGAUCAUCAUCGCCCUCAACCCGAUCGCGACCCACAUCCGGGACAUUCCGUUUCCGGCCGUGACGAUCUGCAACAUGAACCAGAUGCGGCGCGAGGCCGCCGAGCGCAUCGAGCAGAACACGCUCGAGGAGACGGUGCUGCAAAGCAUCUGCUCGAUCGAUGACGACUUCAACGACACACAGUACGAGGGGAAUUGGUCCGCGGUGAAGCGGAUGCUGCUGAGUGCAACGCAACCCUGCUCGGCGCUGCUGAAAGCCUGCCGGUACGCGAAGCAGCCGGAACGCUGCUCGGAAAUAUUCCAAUCCAUCUUCACCGACGAGGGCCUCUGCUGCACGUUCAACACGCUCGACACGGUGUACAUGUUUCGGAACGCGACCGCACCGAGCAUCUUUCCCACCGAGGCGGGCAGCAGCAGUGGCCGAUUCCGCCCGAUCCUGUGGACGCCGGAAAACGGGUACGCCGAGGAACCGUCCAAUGCGUCCUAUCCGCGCUUCAUUGCCGGGCCGGGCGUAGCGAUGGGCCUGGCGAUGGUGCUGGAUGCGAAUGCGAGCGAUUACUUCUGCUCCUCCACGUCGUCGGUUGGGUUUAAGAUCAUCUUUCACAGCCCGUCGGAAACGCCCAAGAUCACGGACUACGCGCAGUACAUCCCGGUCGGUACGGAGAAUCGGAUCAUCAUCACGCCCAAGAUUAACGACGCCACCGACCAGAUACGGAAGGUGGCCCAGGCGCAGCGGCAGUGCGUGUUUGCGAGCGAAGCCAACCUGUCCUACUACAGCGUGUACUCGCGCAACAACUGUGAGCUGGAGUGCGAGGCGAAGCUGAUACUGGAGAACUGUGGCUGCGUGCUGUACUAUCUGCCGAAGCUGUACGAGGACACGAAGAUCUGCAGCCGGGCGAAUGCGCGCUGUUACGAGCAGAUCCGCAACUCGAUUGCGUUCAGCGCCAACACGAGCAUUUCCUGCUCCUGUUUGCCCGGGUGCUUCGAGAUUAGCUACGUGCCGGACUUGACCACGGCCGAGCUGCAGGUUGGUCGGUUCGCCAUACGGGAGACGCUGCUGGACAACGUGAAGGACGAGGUGUAUGCAAAGCAGAACCUGGCGCUGGUCUACAUCUUUGUGAAGGAUAUGUACUAUCGCAGCUUUACCAAGGGCGAGCUGGUGGGCUUUACCGACUUUCUAUGUAACUUCUAUUCCUCGCUGGUAUCAGUUUUAGCGCUUUUAAUCUGUUUUCUCUCAUUCUUACCGCUCUCUCAAGCGAACGUUGGUGGCUUACUUGGCCUCUUCCUGGGCUUUUCCAUCAUCUCGCUCAUCGAGGUAAUCUACUUCGUCACACUGCGCCCGUACUGUGCAAAGCGAAAGCAGCAACGCAUCAACCGAAAGGAGCAAAACGUGGAAGCGAACCAUCUGACCGCUGCUCGAAACGAACUACUUUGGUUUGGCUCCAAACCAUUUAACACAACAGCGAUACAGUUUCUGGGCCGUCCAACGGACGCCGAACGCUAUGAUGCGCACGACUAUCACCUGCAAACGGGACGCAAUGCAAUGGUAAAAGAGUUUGCCACUAAGCUUAAGCAUCUUGUUCAUUCUCGACUGCAACAGGCAAACGGUUGGGUGCGGAACACGUUCCGUUCGCGACGGACUCAGCUCGGGCGCGGCUUCGGCCAGGAGCGCACUGGAACGUCCUACCCUUUCUACGACUGAAAACGGGCAGCACAGCUUCUGAGGCAAGACGUUGGCAUUUUAUUUACUGUUGUGACAUUCAAAUAGCACCGUUUUGUGAGGAGGGAGAGAGGAGGACCAUCCCAACCACCCUGCAUGUAAGCUUAUCUGUCCUGUCCCCUGUGCCUCAACGAACGAAAACUCUGCUGCUACUGUUCCUUGCUGUUCCUAUCACAGUAAAGUGUAACAAACAUUGGUGUGUGUGUGUGUGUGUCUGGUAGUAGCGCCUUAUGUCGUGUAGUAGUAGUACAAUAGUAUGAG